CAGAUGACGUCCAUCGACGAGCAGCUCUCCUUCGACAAGGGCUUCUUCCUGACGAUCCGCGCGAUCCAGCUCUUGAAGCAGAACGCGCACGACCGCCCCAUACUCGUCGGGAUCGCCGGUCCGAGCGGCGCGGGGAAGACGGUGUUUUGCCAAAAGAUUCAAGACUUCAUGCCCGGCAUCGCGGUCCUAUCCAUGGACAUGUACAACGACGCGUCGAUGCUUCUCGACGGCAACUUCGACGACCCGAGGCUCACGGAUUACGACCUCCUGAACAAGAACCUGAGCGACCUGAAAGCGGGGAAGACGAUCGAGGCGCCGAUAUACGACUUCAAGACGUCCACGCGCGUCGGCUCUCGAACGGUGGAGUGCCCCGCGUCCAAGGUGAUCAUCGUCGAGGGCAUAUACGCGCUGUCGGACCGCCUGCGCCCCCUGCAGGACCUGCGCGUGUCCAUCAGCGGCGGCGUGCACUUCGACCUCGUGAAGCGCGUCAUGCGCGACAUCGAUCGCAGCGGGCAGCAGCCCGAGGACAUCAUCCAUCAGGCGCAAUCGCUUGUAUGGAACGACCAUCAGAUCUCCGAGACGGUGUAUCCGAUGUACAAGGCGUUCAUAGAGCCCGAUCUGCGCAGCGCGCACCUGAAGGUGUACAACAGCUUCAACCCGUUCGCGGGGUUCCAAGACCCGACGUACAUCCUAAAGUCGGACGAGGUCGUGGACGAGGCGAUGGCGCGCGAGGUGCUCUCGUCGGACGGGUUCAAGCACGAGGAGGAGACGGAGGUGACGGACAUCUACCUCCUCCCUCCCGGAGACGACCCGGAGACGUGCACCUCCUGGCUGCGCAUGCGCAACCGCGACGGGCACUACACGCUGAUGUUUGAAGAGACCGUGUGCGACGGCGACGUGAUGAUCUCCCCGCGGAUUAACUUCGAGGUGGGCGUGCGCAUCUUGGGCGGUCUGAUGGCGCUCGGGUACGAGGUGGGCGCGAUCAUGAAGCGCUUGUCCAAGUCGUGGUCGGACGAGCUGCUCACGAUCAAGGUGGACUGGAUCGAGGGGCUCGACCGGUCGUACACGCAGAUUCAAGGGAAGGUGCGCGCCGCGGUCGAGGAGGCGGGCACGAAGCUCGGGCUCGACGGGACGUACGUCCCGCACUCGUUCAUCGAGCAGGUGCAGCUCGAGCGGAUGACGGACGAGCUGAGGGAGAUGACGGCGGAGAUGAAGGAUAAG